AUGAACCGCGAUCUGGCAACCCGCCUUGGACUGCAGGGAAGCAGUGAUAACUUGACCCUGCAGUGGUUUGGCAGCACGACCGUUACGGAGCGUUCCUGUAGAGUAGACGUUCACAUCUCCGGCGUUGGGCGUAACAGCAGCAAAUUUCUGAUGCGUGAUGUUCGCACGGUUGAAAAUCUUCAGUUGCCAAUGCAGUCGCUUAGCCUGGCAGAUCUUCAUUGUAAAUAUCAACACUUACCGAUCCUACAAUAUAACGAUGCUGUACCAGAACUAUUGAUAGGUUUAGACAACGCACAUCUUGGCAUUCCGAAGCGAACAGCAUACGACGGUAGAAGAGGACACGCAGUAGUGUUGACGAAGCUUGGAUGGGUUAUUUAUGGCACGGCGGGCCCCCUAGCUCCUUACUCGCGGUAUCACACAUUGUUUGCACAAGUCGGCGAGACGGAGAAUAUGACCGACAACAUGGAAAAUCUCGUGAACGAUUUCAUAACUAAUGAGAACAUGGGCGUAAGUACGGCGAAGCAGGUCGAAGCUAAAGACUUGUUAAGAGCGAAGAAAUUAUUGGAAGAAACCACUAAGCGCGACGGGAUUCGAUUCGAAACGGGUUUGCUGUGGAAGCAAGACGACGUGGAGUUGCCGGAGAGCCGAAAGAUGGCCGAAAAUCGAUUUUUUGCGUUAGAAAGGAAGUUCAAGAAGAACGAUGACCUGAAGAAAGCAUACGCUGGAAUCAUUUAUGAAUAUCUGGCAAAGGGCUAUUGCCGGAUGCUGAGUAAGGAGGAAGCCGCAACAAUAAGCAAGCGGACUUGGUACCUGCCUCACUUUGGUGUGUUUAACCCUAAUAAACCAGGGAAACUUAGGCUAGUUUUUGAUGCGGCGGCGGAGUCACGAGGCACUUCACUCAACUCCAUGUUACUCAGUGGGCCAGACUUAUCACAGUCUCUGGCAAGCGUCCUGAUGAGGUUUAGACAGAAACCGGUUGGAGUGUGCGCUGAUAUUGUGGAAAUGUUCCACCAAGUGAAGAUUCGACACGAAGAUUUGGCAUCGCAACGCUUUUUAUGGAGAUUUGAUCCCGGAGCGCCAAUCGAAGAAUACGUGAUGAAUGUGAUGGUAUUCGGAACUACUUGUUCGCCCUGCUCAGCGCAGUUCGUCAAGAAUAAAAACGCAGAAGACUUUAAAGAACAGUUUCCAGAGGCUGUAGCGGCGAUCGUAAACAAUCAUUACGUAGAUGAUUUUGUGCAUUGUUUCUCCAGUGAGGAUGAGGCCUUUACGGUGACAAAUCAGGUUGUCCGCAUUCAUAAGCGCGGAGGUUUUGAACUAAAAAGAUUCGUAUCGAACUCGCAACUUAUAAAUAGCUUAAAUGAAGAACAGUUACCAUUACAUUAUUUAAAUCUUGACAGAGAAAAUGCCGAAUUGUUCCAGAAGGUGCUCGGAAUGUUUUGGAAAACCGAAAGAGACGUUUUCAAGUUUGUUCUAUCCUUAGGGAAGGUGAAUCAGGACGUGUUAAAGGAGAAGCGGAAGCCAACAAAACGAGAAGUCCUCAGUACAACGAUGUCCAUCUUCGAUCCGUUUGGAAUGGCAGCAGAAUAUUCCCUGGAAGCUAAGUUAAUCCUGCAAGAAAUUUGGCGGGAGCGGAUAGAUUGGGAUGACAGCAUAUCCGACGCGGUGUACAUGAGCUGGAAGAAGUGGCUUCGAAUGUUACGAGAUCUGGAGUGUAUAAGUAUACCACGCUGCUACGGAGCUACAUUUGCUAAGGGACCCGUCGAACUACACGUGUUUGCGGACGCGAGCGAGGCAGCAUACGCAACUGUUGCAUACUGGAGACUUGUAGACGAUCACGGCAAUAUCCGACUGGGUUUCAUCGCUGGUAAAACUAAGUGUGCUCCAAUUAAGCUGGUAUCUGUUCCUCGUCUCGAAUUGCAAUCAGCAGUGCUCGCUACGCGCCUCAAAAAUAGUAUUAUUGCAAGUCACGACAAGAUCCCAAGUAGGGUUACGAUGUGGUCUGACUCAAAAACAGUAUUGUCUUGGUUAAAAUCGGACCAUCGGCGUUACAAGCCCUACGUAGCGCAUCGGGUAAACGAAAUUUUGGAUGGCAGUGAAAUUAAUGAAUGGCGAUGGGUACCCAGCGCACUUAACCCAGCUGACUUCGGAACGCGUCCCAGAGAUGGAAGGCGCGUGUCAUUCUGGAUCACAGGUCCGAGCUUUUUACAGCAAAACGAGAACAACUGGCCGCCAAAUGCAUCUUGUGAACCUACAGACGUUGAGCUGCGCAACAAAUUCACGAUAUUAAUAAUUAAUACUAAUACUUCAUUUUUUAAGAGAUUUUCGUCCUUCAACCGACUGAGAAGAGUAGUUAGCUGGAUGUUGCGAUUUCGGGAAAACUGUCUCAAGACAAAAGCGACACGCGUUUAUGACGACUUGAAGGUGUUCGAGUUGCAAAAAGCCGAAACAGUAGUCUUACGAUCAACGCAGAUGGAAGAGUUUGCGGAUGAAUACCAUGCCCUGCGCAUGGGCAAGCGGAUAGAGAAGGGUAGCGCGUUGUGGAAGCUCAGUCCCGUUAUGGAUGCGGAGGGCGUCAUAAGACUGGGUGGUCGAAUAGACGCGGCCACCGCGAUUUCAUCAUGUACGAGACGCCCGAUAAUCCUAGCUAAGCGAUGCUACGUAACGGAGUUGCUGAUAGAUCAUUACCAUCGCUCCUGGAAACACCAAAACGAAUCCACAAUAAUUGCCGAAAUACGACGCAAGUACUGGAUCCCUAAUAUAAGGGUCGAAGUGCGUCGCGCCACUAAAAGAUGCCAGUUUUGCGUCAAUGCAAGAGCCGUUCCAGAUCAACCAGAAAUGGGCCAAUUGCCAGUAGACCGGCUGACACCAUUCGUUAGGCCUUUCACAUACACCGGCUUAGACUACAUGGGACCGUUCAACGUUGUCAUCGGUAGGCGAAACGAGAAGCGCUGGAUCGCCCUCUUUACUUGCCUAACAACGAGAGCGAUACAUUUGGAAAUGGCGAAGGACCUCUCCACCGACACCUGCCUGUUAUGUAUCAGGAACUUCAUGUGUAGGCGUGGAACCCCUGUGCGUAUCCGUUCGGACAACGGUACGAACCUCGUUGGUGCUGACAGGGAGCUUAAACGACAGCUUAUGGAGUUUAAUAAUGGCAAAAUAGCAAAUGCGCUUGCGAAUAAAAACAUUGACUGGGUUUUCAAUUGCCCGUUGAACCCGCACGCUGGAGGCUGCUGGGAACGUUUGGUACGCUGCGUCAAAAGAGCUAUGGGUCAUGCAGUACAUAACGAAAGUAUUCAAGAGCACGUCCUAUACAGUCUCAUGUGUGAGGCGGAGAACAUCGUUAAUUCCCGACCGUUGACACACAUCCCACUAGACGCACCCACUGAUGAACCGCUAACUCCCAAUCAUUUUCUUUUAGGUACCCCAAACGCUGAGCAAACGCCACAUCCGAAUGAAGAGCAGUUCCAAGCCACUCGCAAACAAUGGCGUAAGGCCCAACAGAUGCAAUACCGAUUCUGGAAGAGAUGGCCACAUUGCAUGCGUAAAUCUUCGCGCCGAUAUCGACGAUAUGACUAUACGUUCACCAGCUUCUAA